CGGUUAAUUUACGCUGCAUUUAAUUCCCCAUCUUAAGCGUCAGGCCCGUUAAAUCAAACGUACGCGCGUGCUUCAUUUCUGUUCUUACGGAGGACUUUCUCCCGCGCCGCCACGGGGAGCGAAGGCAGAGAAGAGCCUCCACAGGCUGAGCUGCAGGAAUCCGGAUAUGAUGAAAAUGUCUCAGACGCAGCCAAUCCAGCAAAACUGCCGCCACUGAGCGUCGGACGCGUCGCGAGCGUUGUUGUUCCUAAUGCGUCAACAAGACGGUUCUGGACAUCCGCCUCGAAUAAAGUUCCCCAAAAGUUUGUGGACGCGAACGGCCCCGUCCGCUUAGGUGCUGCUUUUACUUCCCAGCGGGACAAGUUGGAGUAAAGAAGGAUGGGAAGUUUGAAGCGAGGGAGUUGUCAUGUUUGAAAUCGUGUGCGGACGAUGAGCCCGAGCCCGACCUGGUCUCCGCAGCGCCGCGUUCUGAGGGGGAAGGGAGGAAGUCGUUCCGCCGUGUGAGUGUCCCGCAGACGACGACGACGGUCUCAUGUCCACGGAGAGCGACCUUCCUCCGCGCAGGCCGUCCGGGCCGGGAGAGGGCCCGCGGCCGGACACGAGUCCCCUGCUGUCAGCCUCACGAGAUGCAUGUGACAGUGAAUCUACAAGAAGAACAGCAUCGCCUAGGAAACAAGCCUCUGAAGGACAAAGUCACGUGACAGAGGAGAAGCCUAAUUAUUGCGGGCCUGUAAGAACUCAACCUCAGCCUGAGUCUAAGGCAGAGCCCUCAAAGCCUAGGAAGGAGGAAGCUGCCAAAGACCAAAAUGACUUUCGCCACAACAGCACUGGCACGCCUACGCUGAGCAAUGGCAAUGGAAUCCGCCCUGGAGCCGUGCACACGUGCUCCUGCGGUGCCAGCAUCAGCGCAGGUGCCCCAGUUUCGUCGGACACGACCCCACCGAAGACGCAGCAGCCCACAAAGCACUCCUCUACGCCCGUGUCGCAGAAGAUGCAGAGGAAGCUGAGGUCCAGCCUGUCAGUCAACAGUGACAGCAGCAGGCACAGCCAUGGCAGUUCCACUGGGUCCCAGAAGCCUCCUUUACCUGAAGACUGUUGCGUCCACUGCAUCUUGGCCUGCCUGUUCUGUGAAUUCCUGACAUUGUGCAACAUGGUGGUUGCACAGGCCUCAUGCGGUGCUUGCACAUCAGAGGCUUGCUGCUGUUGCUGCUGCACCGAAGACCUGGGUGAUGACUGCAACUGCCCCUGUGACAUGGACUGUGGUAUCAUGGAUGCCUGCUGCGAGUCCUCGGAUUGCCUGGAAAUCUGUAUGGAGUGUUGUGGCAUCUGCUUCCCCACAUAGGGAGACACACAGAGUGAACCUGUGCUGGUGUGGACCGGGGUGUCUUUGGGGGAAAUAACUGGACCCUGGAAGAAAAUGCAAAAGGAAAUUGCUCCUGCUGUCAUUUUAAAUUCAGCAGAAGACCAGACCGACGGAACCAGUGCGUGAAUGUGUGUCUGUGAUUGUCAUAAUAUAUGUUGUUGUGUGACAACUUUCAGGAAUGUAUGGAAAAGUGUGUUGCUGUGGAGUAAAGCUCCACACUGGGCUUCUCCGUCAAAAUCAGCUCAGCAGAGACUCAGAGUAACUAGUAAGUUGUUGAUCUUAAGUAUUUUAUUCAUACUAAGAAGUAUUAUCAUUUCCAGAUGUUAUUGUUACUUCAGGAAUGCACUCAGUUAUAUCUAAUUUCGUCUCUUUAAUCAUCUUUGUGUACAAUGUGUUGUUUACACCAAACAAAUUUAUGUUUAUCCUCUUUAUUUCAAAACUUUUUUAUGCUUAAAAACUGAACUUGCAGUUUUAGUACUGUACAACACUGUAACAAGUUCUAUGUGACGUUUAUAUACCCUUGUAUACUGUAUUUUUGGAAGACUUUCUUUACAUCAUCUACUGAAGCACUGUAGAGCAGUUGAAACUGGUGAUAUAUCAAAGGUUAAUCAGUUCAAAACAUCAUCUCUAAGAAAUUAUGUAAUAAUUUACAUAGGUAAUAUGUUGAACCAUCUUAGAUAGUACUGACAUAUAUUAAGAUGCACCUAUUGUUUUGAAGGUAGUUGAAGCCUUAGCUUAACUGGAAAUACAUAGCAGGUUUUUCUGUAACAUUAGGAUAAACAAUGUGGACAGCUUAUGUCUCAUGCCAUGUUUCUAGUUGCAAUCUUUGCCAUAAUUCCCAUUUAUACGCUCACUGUGUAAGUAUGACUUGUUGAACUGCACUCUGUUCAUAGGGAGUGUGAUAAGAAAUUAAAAAAAAAAAACGGUGACCCUGGUUGCCAUAUAAGCAGCUUUAGAGGAAUCAAGCCCAGUGACUCACUACAAAAAAAGAUCAUGAACUGUCAUGUCGAAAUGGUAAACUAGGGUAAAGGCAGUUUUUGUCCUAUUUUUUUUUUUCUAUUCCUUAAUUCUGUGUAUCUCGAGAUGAGAGUUGUGGUGAAUCACCACUGGAGUCAUUUCUCGUCUUGGAGAUCCGCUUUGAUGUUGUUUAACUGGUGAUGCUCAAAGCUGGCCCUCAUUAGCGCCUAUGCUAAAUGGUAACAAAAAGGGUCCCUUCCUAACGCCAGCAAGGAGAAUGUGCUGUCAUGUACGGAUGAUAUUAGCGGCGCACUGUUAUUGUGUAUAAGGAGGUUAAAUAAGCAUUUCUGCAGCAGAAAGCGGUUCAAUCGAGUCACAAGUUUCCUCUGGAAUUGGAAGCCUCUAAAUAGAAAAGACUAUGUAGACAAUGUGAAGAAUGUAUCUAACAAACUACAGUAGUUGUCCUUAUUGCCAAAGUAGUGUUGUUAACAUUUUAUUUGAGGUAACAGUAUGUUUGCUAAGUUUUGUGCAUUCAUCAUUUUCAAUCUUCAAGAUGUUUUUAAAUAAAAAAUUGCAAAAGAUUAGUGAUAA